CAGUUCACCAGUCCCUCCAAUUCGGUUCCAGUCAAUGUCCUCAACAUUGCCUUCGCAUGUUUAUUUCAUUACAGCCUUAUAAUACCACUUAGCAGAAAGCAUGAUGUCUACGUUUCUCAGUUGCUCGAUCCCGGGCUGCGCAAAGCCGAGUAGUCAGACCAGAUGCACUCACUGGGAGCGCCAAUUGUCACGCCCGCAUUCGCUUCCAGGAUGGUUCCCCCAACUGGCUGAUGAGGGACGUCGAGUCACCAGUUGCGCAUUCGGGUUGCCAGAAUCAUUGGCUGGGUACUUGAUAAGCAGCGAGUACGCAACCUUGAAGUUUCUGGAAACCACUGCCGUGCCUGCACCUCAAGAUUUUGCUUUCGGUGUGCGCGACGAUGGCACCGAUCACGGUGUCGGCCUUGGCUUCUUGUUGAUGGAAGAGCUCUCUGGCAAGUCAUGGCAAGGGGAUGGCAUAGACGGCAAACUGGCCACUGAGGAUGACAAGACAAGGGUUUUGCAAGGUCUGGCAGACAUCAUGGCUGAACUUGCUGCUCACCCAUUCCCAAAGGCCCGGUCUCUCACACUCCAGGGCUCCUAUAUCCAAGUCUCGGCAGUGGCAAGGGACAGCACGUCGACGACAAAGGGGGACCACCUGCUAGUGGAUGACGAUUUCAACAUUACCAGAAUCAUAGACCGGGGAAUGGCACGCGUGGUUCCGUCCAACGAAGCAUCUAGUCUAUCGCUGGUGACGGCCGACAUGAGCUCCCUAUGCAACGGCAGAGCGUCGUUGAGUGACGAUGACGUUGCCUUAGCGCGCGUGUUGACGGAACGGAGCUAUUUCCAGAUGGCUGGUUGUAUGGGCGACGACAAGAUCAGGCGCUUCUUUUGGGGUUUGGCCUUGGAGCCCAAGUGGUCAUAUGGUAUGCGCUGCCAUUGGCUAGUGCAAUACGUGGUACUCAGGGUCUUUGGGGUCGACCAAGAAUGGACAGAGUAUUUGUCGGAUGAGAGACUUCAGGGUCUCCUUGCUCGAACAGGAUCGGCAGUUCCUUGA